GAACGCAUGCUAAGGUUACGCCAUCUUUAUGCAUCUCCAGCGUAAUCAAAUGUGGCUGUUUGUUGUCAAAAAUUUAUACAUACAUUUGAUCCCUAUAAAUUUUCGAUUAGAUAAUAAAACAUAGCAAUAUACUUAAAUCAUGUGAAUUUGGUAACAUUUAUUUAUUUUAUAUCAGAUAAUUAUGUAUGUAUAUACAUUUUUUUUUCUUUCAAAAUUUCGUUUUUAGCACCUUACUAUUUAUGCAUGUAAUAUUCAAAUGAAAUAAAUUCCGGUAUACCGCCUUUCAUAGCAGGUUCUACUUCUUCUCUCAGUUAAAAUAUAACUCUUCUUAUUGUUGGUCUAGACAAUGCAGGAAAGACUUUAAUUUUAAAUCAUAUACGUGGUGACCCUGAUAAGCAUGUACUACCAACAAUGGGAUUCCGAAUUGUAUGCUUAAAAUAUAAAUCGUAUGCUAUAAAAAUAUAUGAUCUUGGUGGUAGCAUACAAAUUAGAUCAUUAUGGCCAAAAUAUUAUAAUGAUAUACAUGGUCUUAUAUAUGUGGUGGAUGCUAGUGAUAUUUCUCGUCUGGCAGAAAAUAAAGUUGUAUUUGGUGAAUUAGUUGCUCAUGAAAGUAUUUCAGGAAAGCCGUUAUUAUUGCUUGCCAACAAACAAGAUUUAAAUGGAGCAAUUGAUGAAUUAGAUGUUGUAGACAAUUUAGAUGUUGAACAUGUUGUAAAUAGUACACGAUGUCCUACGAGAGUUGAAACUUGUUCCUGUUUCUCUGAAAAAGAACAUGUGAAAAAUAAUACUUUAGGCAUUACGAAUGGAUACAAAUGGUUACUAGAUACAAUAUUGAGAAAUUAUAUUGUAUUAAAUAAUAGAGUUAAACAAUCUCAAAACAUUAUGAAUGAAGAAUUAAGAAAUCAAAGAAUAACAAAGGAUUGCAAAUAUUCACCACCUAGAUUAUCAGUACACUCUAAUCCUUUUAAACCAAUAGCAGAACUUUUAUCUAAAAAGGAAGGAAAUAAUACAGAAAAUCAUUUAGUUAAUGGUAUUAUUAAUGGACGAUCAUUUAAGAAAUUCUUCAUGUCAAAUAAGACUGCACCACUUUCACCUGAAAGUACAUUUAAUAUAAAUGAAGAUCUAUCUUUGCAUGAUAGUUCUAAUGUCAUAACCCCCGUAGCACAAAAAAGUACUCAAACUAUUACUAUAAUAGAUUUACCAAGUUUUGAUUUUUAUCGUAACGAUGAAAAAAAUAACAGAUGUCACCGUCCAAACACAGCACCAGCAUGUUCUACAUUACAUAAUACAAUAUCAAUAAUAAAUAUUCCUGGACAAGUACUUCAAUAAUGAUAUAAAAAUUAUGUUCAUUAUAUAUUUUUGUGGGGCCAAUGUGUACAAGUAGAUGAAAUAACGAGAUAGAAGUAUUAAUUAAAUCAUGCCAUAUAGAAGGUAAUUUUUAUAUUUAAAAAAAGGAAAAAAAAAAUUUAAUAUAUUGUAGCAAAAAAAAAGAACUUUUUUCAUUUUACAUUUUUAUUGAAUAUUACAAAGUUAUACAAAUUUUAUAAAGGUACGACAAAGUGUAUUGAAUAUAAGUACACUCAAUUAUUAAAAAAUCACAGUAUGUAUGUGUGUGAUGAUGCUAUCUUAUAAAAUAUAUUUAUUUGCGUUUGGUAAAGUUAUUUUCAUAGAAUUGUUAUAAUAAUAGAUUUAUAUGGUUAACACAUGUUCUAUCACAAUUCGUAUAAUGGUAAACAAUCGAACACUUUUUUUUUCUUUUUUUUUUUUAUCAUAAAUGCACUUUUCAUUGUAAAUAUUUAUCAAUUUAUGUAAUGUGUACAAAUAUAUAUUGCAAAUGUAAAAAUAGUAUAAAUAAUCUGGUAAGAUUAUUGCAAUAAAACUUAAUAAAUAUAUAUUAAAACUAAAUGGUAAUCAGACUAUUACAUAGAUAUACUUUAUGGCAAUACCUUACAAAUGAAAAACAUUUUUUUGAAGAUAAUCGUGAUGCCUGCAAGUAUACAAAAUGUAAAA